AUGUCAAGCAGCAACCCUUCAGACAAGGAGGCAUUCCUUACUCGCUUCAGUACCCCGGCUCCUGAACUUGAUGACCAUCGGUUCCAGAUGGAUCCUGUGAAUACGCCUCGCAUCGAGGCUCCGCUCAGCGAGGAUCUCAGCAGACAGAACACUGCCGCGCAGCAGGGUCCACGAGGCGAGAUUCUGCCCGAGCGACCUGAUUUGUUGUAUGCUCAGGAUGCGCUGCGGGAGAACACGACUGUGUUCCGUGACUUCGAACAGGCCAUCGUGGAUGAUGAUCAUUCGGACCAUGAUGUCAGCGGCAUGACGCGCCGUAUCAUGAUUGACCCAAUGUCGAACUUCCACUCGCCUCGCCGUUUCAGUGGUGUCCCUCAGGAGCUUCCUGGGGGCACUACCACCCGCACUUCUUCUGUCUCUGCCCGGUCGUCGUCUCCGCCCAACUCAGUCGACGCCUUUGCGGAUCCUCGUCGCCGGGAACGUGCAAACACCCUGGAAAGUCAUGUGGCUCCCGAUUUGGAAGCGAUGCUUCAGCGCACUGUCUCGGGAGGCACUAUCCCGCGCCGGCCCACGUUCAGCAAUGCCAGCGCCAUACGUCCACAGCCCGGUGAUAUUUCUGUAUGUGCGCCAGAUGAGCCCGGUGUCCAGAUCACCUACGAGGAGCCUGGUCGCAUCCCUGUCAUCGACUACGAGGAAUUGGAAGAAUUUGUCGCUCUCAACCAGCAGAGAGAGGUUUCGCACACCUUCCGCCGCAAGCACAGUAUGAGCUCGCAGAGCAAGAAGCCGCGCGUCUUCUACGACCUGCGUCCCGGCGCCAAGAGUCCACUGGGUGACGAGCACAAUAAGCAGUCCGGAUCGACGGACUCCUCCGACACUUGUGAUCUUGGCGAAGAGGCGGAUGAGAAGUCUUCUCCUAAGGUUCUAGACGAGAAGGAAUUGGUUGCGACUCUUCCCAAUGCUAAUGAGCCCAUGCGCUUUGGUUUUUUCUCAUCUGAGUCUCAGACUACGGUGCAUGCGGCGGAGCUGGGAGAUUUGAUUCUUCCCGGCGAUAGCUUCCGCGACCUCUUCCAGCUGGGACCCGAGGGUGGUGUGUGGUGGUUGGACGUCGUCAACCCUACCGAGGCGGAAUUGGGAGCCAUCUCCCGGGCCUUUUCCAUUCAUCCGCUCACCACGGAGGAUAUUUUGAUGCAGGAGGCGCGCGAGAAGGUGGAGUUGUUCAAGCAGUACUACUUUGUUUGUUUCCGCACCUUCUACCAGAUCGACAAGACCAGCGAGGAGUUCCUCGAACCCGUCAACUUUUACAUGGUCGUCUUCCGCGAUGGUGUCUUGACCUUCUCGUUCUCCGAGAAUCCUCACGCCGCGAAUGUACGAAAGCGUAUCGGCAAGCUGCGUGACUAUGUCUCGCUCAGUAGCGACUGGAUUUGUUAUGCCAUGAUUGACGACAUUGUCGAUAGCUUUGGUCCCGUGAUUCGAGAUAUCGAGAUCGAGUCCGAGGCCAUUGAGGAUCACGUGUUCAUUGCACGUGUGGACGACUUUGAGACUUUCCUGCCUCGGAUUGGCGGCCUCCGCAAGAAAGUCAUGAGUUUGAUGCGUCUGCUUGGAGGCAAGGCGGAUGUCAUUCGUGGCUUCUCGAAGCGCUGCAAUGAGCAAUAUUCCGUGACUCCGCGUGGCGACAUUGGACUCUAUCUGGGUGAUAUCCAGGAUCACGUGGUGACCAUGAUGUCCAACUUGGCUCACUUUGAGAAGAUGCUCAGUCGGUCUCACACCAACUACCUGGCUCAGCUGAACGUCAACAACCUUGCUCUUGGUAACCGCGUUAACAAGGGACUGAGCAAGAUUACCCUCAUUGCGACAAUUUUGGUCCCCAUGAAUUUGAUCUGCGGUCUGUUCGGUAUGAACGUCAAUGUUCCAGGCAAAGACGAUGGCGGACUGACUUGGUUCUUUGGUAUCAUUGGACUGAUGGCUGCAAUCGUUGUUGUGAGCAUGUGGCUGGCGAGGUGGCAGAAGCUUGUAUAG